GCGCAGCAAACUGUCUUCCCCCUCCAAACAGGACUAGAGAGAGAGAGAGCGAUUUUUUUUUCCCCAAGAAGGACCGAGCUUAAAAACUUGGGUUCCAAGGUGCUAGUUUUCCUGCUGGUGUUCCUGCCACGAGAGACAUGAAGGAAGAUGAUUUUUAAUGGACAAGAAGGUGUCGGGAGGUGGUCGAAUCCCUUCGUCGUUUCUGAGCGUGUUCUCGCUGAAGCCGACCCAGAGUUCACAUCCGUAAAAAGAGCCGCCAGUGUGAGAAGAAGCCCGACACUUUAAGCUCUGAGAUCAAACCUCCACCUCGCCCCGAGAACGGGAUGAUUUUCUCAAACUGAUAGACUUGACUUGUGUGUAAAUUCCUGCAUGAGAAGCACCGUGGAUCGUGACGGUCACUAUGCCGAGGAGAAAGCAGCAAGAGCCGCGGCGAUCAGCAGCGUACAUGCCCGAGGAUGAGCUUAAGGCAGCCACUCAUGAUGAAGAAGAGCACCUGCAGGAUGACGGCCUCUCAUUAGACGGUCAGGACACAGAGUUCCUGUGCAAUGAGGAAGAGGAGGAUGUGGAUGGAGGCCAGCCACCCAGCUACAGAGACUCUCCAAUCAGCAAUGGCACUAACCCCGAUGCUGGAUAUGGGUCUCCGCUCAGUGAUGCUAGUGAUCGACUUGCAGAUUUCAAAAGCACCUCUUCCAGGGAUGGUCAGGAGAGGGAAGGCACCUCUCUACCCUUUCGCCCCAAUAACGGCCUGUCUUUCCAGGAUAGCCUGGCACAGAUGAAAGCCGUCUAUGCAAACCUCAUCUCAGAUGCCUCUUGGUCGAGCAUCACCAUGGACCUCAUGAAAUCUAAGCCUGCUGCAGCUGGCAGUGUCAACAGUGCCCUCACCACUCCAGAGCCUGUCUCUACUGCCUCUGCUUCCACAACUACAACCAUAAACAAGAGCAGUGGCCUCAACAUAGCUAGCAGUCAUCAUAAUGGCAGGAGCUCCACCACCACUGUCAACCACACAGGCAGUGUGAGUGCCAGUACCAAUGGCACAGCAGCUAGCUCUGUUAGCAGCCACAGUGUAACCAGCAGCAGUGGAAGCAGCAGCGGUGGGGCUAAUAAUGGCAGUGGUGUGGCCUAUGACUGGCACCAGGCAGCACUUGCCAAAACCCUUCAGCAGACACCCUAUCACCUUUUACCCGAGCCUAGCCUGUUCAGCACAGUGCAGCUCUAUCGGCAGAAUAACAAGCUGUAUGGCUCUGUCUUUACUGGUGCAAGCAAGUUUCGCUGCAAAGACUGCAGUGCUGCUUAUGACACACUGGUUGGUCUAACAGUGCAUAUGAAUGAGACGGGCCACUAUCGAGAUGACAACAAGGACAAAGAGGAGGAUCAGGGUAAGCGCUGGUCCAAACCACGCAAGCGUUCCCUGAUGGAGAUGGAGGGGAAAGAGGACGCGCAGAAAGUCCUAAAGUGCAUGUACUGUGGUCACUCAUUUGAGUCUCUGCAAGAUCUCAGCGUUCAUAUGAUCAAGACCAAGCAUUACCAGAAAGUGCCUCUCAAAGAACCAGUACCAGCCUUAGCUACUAAGCUGGUGCCAACUUCAGCUAAAAAACGUGCUAUCCAAGAUGCUAUAGUCUCUCCAUGUUCCCCGGACUCUGUUCAUGCUGGCAGUGGUGGUGGCAGUGUCUCUCUUGGAGAUAUGAGCAAAGACACAAAGGCUGCAGCUAACCCCUACGUGACACCAAACAAUCGCUACGGCUACCAAAAUGGUGCCAGCUACACGUGGCAGUUUGAAGCUCGAAAAGCGCAGAUCCUCAAAUGCAUGGAGUGCGGGAGCUCACACGAUACAUUACAACAACUGACCGCCCACAUGAUGGUUACAGGUCACUUUUUGAAGGUUACAAACUCUGCAUCAAAGAAGGGCAAGCAGUUGGUCUUUGAUCCAGUAGUGGAAGAAAAGAUUCAGUCUAUCCCACUACCGCCAACCACCACUAGACUCCCUGUUCCUAGUAAUGUUAAAUCCCAGCCGGUCUCCCCGGCCCUUUCCUCUGGCUCAGAGGAAAAGAGGGAAGGAGGGGAGGAUGAAAAAGCUGAACGUUGUGAGCAGGUGGAGAAAAAAAUUAAAGAGGAGAGAGAUGAUUCUAGUGAGAAAUCCGAGACUGAUACCACCUCAUAUAAAUACCUAAGAGAAGAAGAUUUGGAGGAGACACCUAAAGAGGGUUUAGACAUUCUUAAAUCCCUUGAAAACACAGUAUCCAGUGCCAUCAGCAAGGCCCAGACAGGCACACCUACAUGGGGUGGCUAUCCUAGCAUUCAUGCAGCCUACCAGCUGCAGGGUGCCAUGAAAAGUUCAGCUACUGUUCUGCCCCCAACAGUCCAGAGUGUCCAGAUGCAGCCAAUGUUUAACAGUGGGCUGCGAGGUCUUGUGAGUGACCCCAAUUCAGUCAUCCACUCGCCUCGGAGCCCUUCCUCCCCCACACCCCUUAGGAGCAAUGUCACUGCCAUGGAGGAGCUUGUAGAGAAAGUGACAGGAAAAACUGCCACUGUGAAGAAAGAAAAGGAGGAAAAGAUGGUGAGCCUGGAACGAUGCAGGCCCCCAUUGUUAGUUAAGUCCCCUUCUCCUGCAUUGAGAGAACACAGAGAGCCGUUACCAUCUCCAAAUGACCUUUCUGUAGGUAAACCGUCUGGUAUGAGAAGCAGUAGCCCUGGCAGUGUAGACUCAGAGCUUAUCUGUAAAAAGGAGCCCAGAGAGAGCCUAGUGGAUGGUCACAACAACCAUUCAAAGAGUGGCUCUGAGGUGUGCCAAUCCCCAGUAACCAAUGGCAAUAGUCUUGGCAUUAUCACUGAUCACUCACCUGAAAGUCCUUUCAUCAACCCUCUCAGCGCACUCCAAUCAAUCAUGAACACACACCUGGGCAAGGCUUCCAAACCUGUAAGCCCAGCUGCAGAUCCGCUGUCAAUGCUUUAUAAAAUCAGCAACAGCAUGAUGGAUAAGCCAACUUUCAACUCAGCUCCUCAGGGCAAGCCAUCUGAGCCUGUCAACCACUAUCAGCUGUAUGAAAACAAUGACCAGCCCAUAGACCUGAGUAAAAAUAAGUCCAUGACUAACAGCAACAACAAUAACAACAGUAGCAGUGUGCUUGUGACCAACAAUAGUGUAAAUGGCAACAAGCCCCUCAUUUCCCUCCCUGAAUCUGUCUCCUCUCCCCUGAGAGAGAAUGCUCUAAUGGACAUUUCUGACAUGGUAAAAAACCUAACAGGAAGACUGACCCCGAAAUCCUCAACUCCCUCCUCUAUCUCAGAGAAAUCAGACGCCGACGGCAGUGCAUUUGAGGAUGCCCUGGAGGAUCUUUCGCCAGUGCAGAAGAGGAAAGGGAGACAGUCUAACUGGAAUCCCCAGCAUCUCCUCAUUCUGCAGGCACAGUUUGCCUCCAGCCUGAGGGAGACCUCAGAGGGACGCUACGCCAUGACCGACCUGGGCCCUCAGGAAAGGGUCCACAUCUGUAAAUUCACAGGCCUCUCAAUGACAACGAUAUCUCACUGGUUGGCUAAUGUCAAGUACCAGCUGAGGCGGACUGGGGGCACCAAGUUCCUCAAGAACAUGGACUCGUGCCAGCCUGUGUUCCUCUGCGGUGACUGUGCCUCUCAGUUCAGGACUCCCUCCUCCUACAUCAGCCACCUGGAGUCUCACCUGGGCUUCAGCUUGAAGGACCUGUCCAAACUGUCAGCUGAGCACCUACGGGAGCAGCAGGCUGCCUCAAAGGUGAUCACAGACAAAAUGACAUUCGGCAGCCCACUGUCAGCCUUGACCACGCCAGAGGACGACACAGGCUCAGUGUACCAGUGCAGACUCUGCAAUCGGACAUUCGUCAGCAAACACGCAGUCAAACUGCACCUCAGCAAGACUCAUGGCAAGUCUCCAGAGGACCACCUGGUGUUUGUCACUGCUCUGGAGAAGCUCGAAAAGCUCGACAAAAUGGAGAAAGUUUAAUCAAGCAAGUCUGCGAGCUGCUGAGGGGAAAGACUGACAGCUGUGGAACUGACUAGAAUUUCAUUGCACUAAAAUGACAUUGUUCACAGUUACUGCACUGGGCCGAACUGAGCCGCCAGGAAAGAAAAAAACAACAAAAAGAAAAAAAAAAAAAUCAGUCUUACUAUUUUUAGUUGUGACAACUGCCUGACUGGACCAUGUCUUUUAAUGUUGUUUCUUUUGUUUUGUUUUGCCAAGCUUUUUUACACUUAUUUUGUAACAUAUUUAUAUGCUAUUUGUCUGACCUGUGCAUGUAUUUUAGUGAAACAAGGUUAAACACGAGAUUUUAAUCUUUUCAUGGCAAAAUACAACUACUGCUUCAAUGGUAAAAGUGAUGAAUGGAAAGCAUUGGUGGAAGAGAGAACUGUACCAUACUUGAUAUGAAGAAGAUGAAAAUUAAAUGUAUACACCAAAAGAAUGAACGAAUACCCUGAAAGACUGAAGUAGCACCUUAGACAAUUGAAUUUUGAAUUUGUAAAGAGAUCAUGUUUCCAGAUAUCUCGCAAUAGUCAAAAUCAGAUCAAGGAUUAUCAUCCCCCCCACCCCCCCAUCUACCCUCCACACUUUCCUCCUCGGGUUCCUGUCACAGCAGUGUUUUUUGAUGAUGAAUGGCCUGCUCAUAAGUCUGUCAUUGUAUUAGAGAAAAAAACAAAAAUUUGGAAAAACUGAAAUGCUGCUUCUUGGUUGCGAAGCAAUCGUUGAAUGGCCAUUGGUAUGCAAGUUUGCUCAUAAAAAACGAAAAAAAAAAGAAAAGAUAAACUCUUUCCUUGCUGUGAAGUAUCACCUUAUAGCAAUUUUCCAGUUGUAUGGUUUGUUACAACCUUCUCUUUCUAAAUUGUGUCGCUUUAUUCAGCUGUAAAGAGAACAGUCCGUUACAUGUAAAUGACCACCAGUGAAAUGUCAGUACUCCGUAAGACAUAUCUUACCAUUUGAGACGGCUCAGCAUUCUUUGUAUCUUAAGGUGUGUGCAUUCUCUAACUUUUAUAUGGUCAUUUUAUAUAGAAAAAUGCUAAAAAAUAAAAACAGAUGGUGUAUAUAGAUAUAUGCUGUAGAGCUACAAAAUGUCCUUUUUUAAAGAAAAUACAAAUUAAGCUUCUUUGGCUCGGUUUACAGAAAUGAUUUUAAUUAUACUUGCAUCCAAUUUGAUGCAUGAAAUGGUGUGGAAAAUAAAUAAGCGAUGCACAAUGACUAUACAUUUCAAUGUUUUAUCGACAAUAUUGUAAAGAAAAAAAAAGGAAAAAAAAACACAACUUUUUAGCACCGAUUAGUUUGUCUCAUUUCUUUCUCAAUUGUAAAAUAAACCCCAAAGCAGUUGUUAACAGUCA